UGUGACCUGUUUGAGGAUCAGUGAGUAUCAAGUCAGCAGCAAGGAUGUCAUUGGGAAGGGAAUUUGUUUAGUCCUAUAUCGACAUGGUCUUUUGGAGUCAGCCAGUAUUUCCUCAACACAUGUGAGUUGGAAAAACAGCCUUCUGUACAAAGACAAGCGACGUUGUUGUCAACAAGCUGUUAUUUCCCCGUGUAUCGUGUGUUUACGUCGAGGCAUGGCACAUGACUAGAAUAAUAAACGUGUGAUGAUGGCCACAAGUACAUCGACCUCCAGAUUCCCCAAGACCGAUGGCCAUGUAAGCAGCUACCAGCAACAAGAAUGGGAUUACGCGCUGCCUGUACCCAAACUCAGCUUCUCUGUGGCAUCUGUCCUCGUCUUCUGUCUGGCGGUACUGUGCUUCGCGAACAGUCAUGACGGAGCGUUUAUUUUUGAUGAUCUGUCGGCCAUUACUACAAACAAAGACUUGCUCCCCGAGGCCCCGCUCUCAACCAUUUUCGCUCAUGACUUUUGGGGAAAUAAGUUGGACAACAGAAGUCACAAGUCCUACAGACCCCUCACGGUGAUGACGUACAGGUGGAACUAUGCCUGGGCAGGUGGCCUUCAUCCUCGGGGCUUCCACGUUGUCAACAUCGUCCUGCACGGCUUGGUGUCGGUCAUCUUCCUGGCAGUAUUCUCUGUCCUCAUGUCUGGUUACCAGGUGGACCAGGAAUCUGCCAGGCCGGUGUUUGCCUCGCCCCGAGCUUCUCUCCUGUGUGCUGUGUUGUUUGCUGUGCAUCCCAUUCACACUGAAAGUGUAGCAGGGGUCGUGGGUCGGGCUGAUCUGCUGUGUGCCUUGACCUUCCUCCUUUCAUUCCUGCUGUACGCCAGGGCCUGCCUCUCACCUACAUCCCUGGUCAGUUACCGUCCCGCGUCCUUCUCCCUGGUGUCUCUACUGGCCAGUAUGUGCCUGUGUGUCGUGUCCACCUUCUGUAAGGAGCAGGGCAUCACUGUCAUAGGUAUAUGUAGUGUUUAUGACAUCAUCAUGGUGUGUCGAGUCCAUCCCGUGCAAUGGCUGUCAAAUAGGAAACACCGUGUCAAAGAUAAGCAGGAAAUGAAUCUCUGGAUCAAGGGUCUCCUCGUGCGUCACCUCAUCCUGUUCCUGACUGGCGUGUCACUCCUCUUCACUCGACUUAGAAUCAAUGGAUUUGAAACACCAAAAUUCACUUUGGAAGACAAUCCACAUUCGUUUGUAAAUGGCACUAUAUCGAAAAUUUUGAACUACAAUUACAUCUAUGCCAUCAACGUUUGGCUGCUGUUGAAUCCAUGGUGGCUAUGUUGUGAUUGGUCGAUGGGCUGUAUACCUGUCAUCACCUCAUUGGCUGAUCCCAGAAUACUGGCAGACAUAGCUCUCUGGGCUGGGUUUGGUGUUUUGUUCUGUCAUUGUUUCCAUGGUGAACUCAAUAGAGAUCGAAGGAUCCUGAUAACCUCUCUGGCAGUGUUGGGUAUUCCCUUCCUGCCCGCCAGCAACCUGUUUUUCCGUGUGGGCUUCGUGAUCGCAGAGAGGAACCUGUACCUGUCCUGUGCUGGCUUCUGUAUGUUGGUGGUGCUCGGGGCAAGGCAGAUCUGCCAUCAACUGUAUCCCACAACCAAGAAGUGUGUGUCAGUCGGGUUUAUAGUCAUCAUACUGCUGUUUCUUCUACGAUCGAUGGAGAGGAGCAAGGAUUUCAGGGGAGAAGUGGCGUUAUUCACAUCUGGAGCCAACGUGUGCCCCCUGAAUGCUAAGAUUCACUACAACAUUGGAAACGUCCAAGAUAAGAACAACAAUACAGAUAUUGCUAUUGGUGAAUACAGGCUAGCUUUAAAGCUGCAUCCACAGUACCACGCUGCAUUGAUAAACCUGGGAGUCAUCCUGCGGAAGAGAGGCAAUGGAUUGGAGGCAAAGGAGCUUCUGGAGAGAGCCAUCGGUCACAGACCAGACUCAGAAGAGGCAUGGAUGAACCUGGGCAUUGUGCAGGCUCAGCUGAAUGAACCAGAGUCUUCAGAGGCCAGCUUCCUCCGGGCCCUUCAUCUCCACAGCGCGUGCACAGACUGUCACUACAACCUGGGUAACCUGUACAAGUUCCUUGGACGUCAUGAAGACGCUAUCACUGCGUACCGGAACGCUACUCAGAUCAGUCCGACCCACGCUGGAGCCUGGAAAAACUCUUUCCUCAUCCUUGAUCAGCUGGGGAAGUACGACCAGGCUAUUGUGGUGGGUAGGAAGGCUGUGGUUCUGCUUCCCGAAGAGACGGGCCUGAUGGCUCGUGUGGCCAGUGUCUUCGUCAAAGUAAAGAUGUAUCAGGAAGGGGAAAAACUCUUUCUGAAGGCCCUACGAAGAGACAAAUCCAAGUAUUACAUACAUCAUAACCUAG